GGAGUCAGCAGACGAAAAAGGAGGUACCUCAAUGAAUUUCAUGCAACUGGAAAGCUGAGAAUAUUCCUUAUGCUUAUUGUUCAAAGAUUCAAUGCAGGGAAAACGAAAGUUUGAGGGGAGUCCCGAACAAGAAACGAUACUCAUUAUCACUAAAGCAAAAGACAAUAAGUUAGUUCCCUUCACAAGACAGCUUGUUGAGUGGCUUAUUUCCACUCCACGUUUUGGAAAGGAGCAUCCAUUCACUGUUUAUGUGGAUGCUCAUUUAAAAGUAUCAAAACGAUUUGCUUACGAGAAACUCGUUCGUAAGAGCCCUAUUUAUGAAACAAAAUUAAAAUUCUGGACACCAAAGCUCUGUUAUAGUCAACCAGAGCUUUUUGAUUUGAUUAUCAGUCUUGGUGGAGACGGUACAAUUCUUUUUACAUCCACAAUAUUUCAAACAACAGUACCGCCUAUUAUGCCUUUCCACUUGGGUUCACUGGGAUUCUUAGCACCCUUCUCAUCAACAUCUUACCAUCAGGAGCUUGAUAAAUUGUUCAGGGGCGAACUAAAUCAUACUAAUCGCAUAAGACUAAGCUGUACAGUAUAUCGAUACAGACAAGACCCUUAUUGCUUACUGAAAUCACGAAAGAAAUCUGAUGAAAAUACAGUGUGGACGGAUAAACCAGUUGUCGACUGGAAUACAAAACCCUCAUCUGAUUCUUCAACAAAUAGUGGCAAUAGAGAAACAAAUGAAUGGAUGGUCAUGGAAACCGCAUGGAUGAAAAAGGCGUUUGAACAAGCUUCCAAAGGAGACCCUGAAGUUGCGGACGUUUUGGAUGAUAAAGUUCUAUGUUACUCGACUGUGCCAGAUCAAACAUAUCACGUGUUAAAUGAGAUUGUAGUGGAUCGUGGACCUAGCUCCAACAUUUCAUUAUUGGAGCUAUUUGCAGAUGAACGACAUUUAACAACUGUACAAGCAGAUGGGUUAUGUAUUGCUACUGCUACUGGCUCUACAGCAUAUUCGCUCUCCGCUGGAGGAUCGUUAACUCAUCCUGAUAUGCAAUGUACCUUAGUGACCCCAAUAUGCCCACAUACGCUAAGUUUCCGACCUAUGCUGUUGCCUAGCAGACUGACAAUUCGUAUAGUUGUACCUUUUGGAUCACGUCAUACAGCUUUUUGUAGUUUUGAUGGAAGGAAUAGAACAGAGCUUAAACAAGGCGAUCAUGUCAAGAUUACAUUGUCACCCUAUACUGUUAAAACAUAUUGUGCUAGCGACUGCAGUAACGAUUGGUUUUCAUCUGUACAGAGCUGUUUACAAUGGAAUAUGCGACAACGACAGAAGUCAUUUGUUGUCGUUGAAGGCGAUAAAGAUAAACCGGUCGAAGCAAAAAUGAAAUCCGAUAGUUUAUUUGCUUGUCUAAGACCGAAAGAAAAUUCAAGUAAAGGAGAAAAUAAGCAGGAGAUAAGUAUGCAACAGACUAAAGAGGAGAAUAGCAUUGAGGAAGAAGACGGAGAAUUUGAAGAGGAUGAGAUGAUUGACUUGAUACCAUGGACAACAGAAGAACUAGAUCGAGAAAAUGUUCUCAUUUGAUACCAUAAACGUAGAAGGAUUAUACCACGACAUCUUAGUGCUUCUUCGUCGCAAUUAAAUAAAAGUGCUUUGAACGUCCUUUUUGGCUUUUGCACACAAAUUGACGGUUAUAAUGAAAUUACUUAAGCGUCUAGGGUUUCUUAGUCAGCAUGUCGGACGAAGUAUGGAUGAAUCAGCUGAUGCGAUAUCUGCUUAAUACACUUAGAGUUAGAGAGUUAUAAAGUAUAUCUCACAAAGCAAAGAUAGCUUCGUUACAGAUAGUUUGAAUCAAUGUGCGUACUUAACAUCAUCAAUUGAGAAGAAUUGCGGAAAUCAAGGAGACCGCUUCGCCGAUGCCUUGCCUUUCAUGGACAAAAAACAUUGGAGAAGAAUCACUUAAAAGUUUUUCCGUGGAAAUUUGGUUUAGCACCCAAUAGUGGCAGACUUUUUUCUUGUUGCAAUUUCUUUUUGUCUCCCAUCUCAAC